GACCAGGACAGCAGCAGCAACUGAUGCCGUCUGUCUUAUCCGCGCUGAGGGAAAACCGUUAGAAACCGUUGGAUAUCUCAAGAAAUAGAAGGGGGAUGCAAGCACUUUUUGGUGAAUCACUAACAUGAGCUUGAUUUUUAUUUUUAUCAGCAUUUUUACAUUUUACGAGUGACUUCAAAGUUUUUUUGGUUUUAUUUUUUAUUGUUUAAUAUAGCCUAUAUUUUUAUUUAAAUUGCAUUCCUUUUCCCCCCUAAUGGAUGGGAUUGAAGGCGAAUGACGCACCACACUGAAAUGAUUUAAAUGUUUUACGCGUUCUAGUGUGGAGGCAUUUUGGAGUGGUCGGACAGCCCACGUCAAGCUCUAGAACCUUUGGAACACCUGAUUCUUCUGUCGAUAACACACUGAUGCCAAGUGGAACUCUUUCUCUCUCUGUUUACAUUUUACUCUCUUUGGCAAUUCAUCCACUGCAACUUUUUCCAUUUAGCUCACCAGACCAGACGCACUCUUGUUUAGUUUUUACCCUAAGGAACUAUUAAAUCGUUUUUUCCCCUCCCUUGAAAUGACGAGCCAAAGUACUGAGAGAAGUCGGCCUCUAGGGACUCUGGCGUUGCUGCGUUCCGCGUUGCUGUUGGGUCUUCUUCACAUUGGUGCACCAGAGGCGAGGAGGCUACGGGGCAGCCGCGCGCAACACCGGAGAGCCUCGGCCAUGCCGUCCCCAACGUUAACAUACAGGGACCGGGUAGUAGAGGGGACCGGAGCCGGUGAGAGCUUCCCGUUAGACUUCACCGCUGUCGAGGGAAACAUGGACAACUUCAUGACCCAAAUUAAAAACCUGGCGCAGUCGCUUUACCCGUGCUCGGCGCAGAAGCUGGACCAGGACAUGAGGCUGCACUUCUUGGACAAUUCCUCUGCGACGUGUAACGAUGGAUCCCCAGCGGGGUUCAGCAGGAGAUGGCUGAUAUUCUUGGAGGGGAUGAGUGGAUGGUACUGUUUCAACAGACAGACUUGUGACACCAGGUUCCAGACAAUGAGGAGAUUCAUGAGCUCCCUCAAGUGGCCACACACCAGAACAGGUACAGGUAUUCUGUCUCCUCAGCCAGAGGAGAACCCCUAUUGGUGGAAUGCCAACAUGGUGUUCAUCCCAUACUGCUCUAGUGAUGCCUGGAGUGGAGCCUCAGCAAAGACUGACCAAAGUGACUAUGCGUUCAUGGGCUCAGUGAUCAUUAAGGAGGUGGUUAAUGAGCUGCUUACUAAAGGACUGGACAGCGCGAAGGUCCUGCUACUGGCUGGGAGCAGUGCGGGGGGUACAGGUGUACUACUGAACGUGGACCGUGUGGCGGAGCACCUGGAGUCCCGGGGACACGGGGAGAUUCAGGUCCGGGGUCUGGCUGACUCUGGCUGGUUCCUGGAUAACAAGCAGUACAGAUCUACAGACUGUCACAGCACCAUCAGCUGUGACCCUGCUGAGGCUAUCAGGAGAGGAAUCAGGUACUGGGGUAGUGUGGUGCCAGAGAGCUGCAGACAGACUCACAUAGGAGAGGAGUGGAACUGCUUCUUUGGAUAUAAAGUCUACCCCACGCUCAAGAGUCCAGUGUUUGUGGUCCAGUGGUUAUUUGAUGAGGCCCAGUUAACAGUAGAUAACAUCCACCUGACUGGUCAUCUGGUCCACGAGGGACAAUGGAGAUACAUACAGAAUCUGGGCAAUGAGCUGAGGAACACACUCAAAGACGUCCCGGCCCUGUUUGCUCCAGCCUGCCUAUCCCAUGAGGUCAUCACCAGGAAUUACUGGAUGGACAUCCAAGUCAAAGGAACCUCCCUCCCCAGAGCCCUACACUGCUGGGACCGUGGUCUCCACGACAACAACCUCCACCAAAGAUCCUCCAACAACGAUACCCAUAGCAACAAUCCUAACCCCACCCCCAACAAGGCCCUGCCCCCAGCUUCCUCUCUGAGGCGCUGUCCUCUGCGUCUGAUUGACAGCUGCCCUUGGCCUCACUGUAAUCCCACCUGUCCCACUAUACGGGAUCAGAUCACCGGACAGGAAAUGAGCGUGAUCCAGUUCCUGAAACACAUGGGGUUUGAUGUUGCCAAGAUGGCCCAGCAACAGGGCAUGGACGCAGGGAGACUGCUGGGGAUGCUGAAUAACGGGAACUGAGCAGGGAGAGGCUCACACAGGUAGCUGAAAUGAAACGCACAUACACAGACUCUGACACAGCAGGGCCAAAGAACGCUUUGGUGGAGAUGAACGGAACUCAAUACAACAACAGAAUAGAAACAGAACUGAACUCUAAGCAACAGAACUGAACUCUAAGCAACAGCAAUAAUUUUGAUCAACGCUACAGAAGAUACAGAAUCAAGCUUCUGAUAUGGAAGGCAAUGGAUUAUAGCGAGCCCCUCAUAGGCUAGGUUUACACAGGCAGCCUAAUUCUGAUCUAUUUCCACUAAUUGGUCUUCUAACCAAUCAGAUCAGGGUCUUUUACCAAUAAUUGGGCAAAAGACCAGAAUUGGGCUGCCUGUGUAAACACAGCCAUAGUAACAAGGGUUCACUAGAACUGAUUGAUUGAUCAGAAUUGUCUCAAAUGACCACAUAGCCGACUGCCACAUAUGAACUCACCAGCAGAGAGGGAUGGAGACUGCCACACCUAAACAUAGGAUACCAGCAGAGAGGGAUGGAGACUGCCACACCUAAACAUAGGAUACUAGCAGAGAGGGAUGGAGACUGCCACACCUAAACAUAGGAUACUAGCAGAGA